CUAUGAUGGUCACUGAUCCCAUAAAAGAAAUCAGUCUGAGCCAGCGAUAGUGUCCUGCUUAAGCUAACAGACAUGUCGGAAUUCCUGGAGGACCCGUCUGUGCUCACUAAAGAUAAGCUCAAAAGUGCACUGCUGGCCCAUAAUGUGGCUCUGCCGAACGGCGACCAGAAGAAGGACGUGUACGUGCAGCUGUACUUAAAGAAUCUGACCGCGCAAAACAAAAAGAGCAGCGGCUCUCCGGAUGUCUUCUCCAGCGACGAGGAACUGCCUUCAGCCCCCGUGGUCUCCAACAGGAGCCGCUCUGGCAGGAAAGCCACCAGGAAAACCGACAAAGUUCGUCCAGAGGAUGUUGAUGUCACUGAAUUAAGCAACGAGGCUUUGAAAGACCUGUUACUGAAGUAUGGCCUGAUCACUGGACCCAUUGUUGCGUCCACUCGGAAGGUCUACGAGAAGAGGCUUCAGAAGCUGUUAGAUCAAGGUCCUCCUGAGACUGUGGCCCCUCCAUCAGAGAUGUCACAGACAGACGGCAGCCAGAAUGGCAACACAGACUCAGACCAUUACAGUGACAAAGAGGAAGAAACGGUAGCUCCAGCCCCUGUGUUUGUGCCCGAACCUGAACCGGAAGUAGAGGCCGAGCUGAUCCCAGUUGUGGAGAGACCAAUCAGGAGCAGAGGGAAAACACCAGUGACCAGCAGAACACGCAGUGGCCAGCACAACAGGGAGGAUGAGGAACAUAAGCAGGAGGAUUUUCCGGUUUUCAACAUUAAGAGAAAGUUGAAGAGAUCUUCUCAAAGGCUGGAUCAGAUGGUUCCUGCAAGCGAUGACACUGAGAACUCUGAGCUCUCAUCUGCAGAGUACUUCCCUGUUACUCAAGACAGGAGAAGAACAGGACUUGUGCCAACAAGAAAAGAGCCCAGACCUUUGCUCACAGACAAGAUGUCAAAGCUCUCAUCUGAGACUGAAUCUCUGAGACGACGCAGCGCACCAGUCCGCUCAUAUGGACCUGAUUUGAAUGAGGCUCCCGUUACUGAUAAGGAUUUCUCUGAGCCCUCAGUGUUGAAGGAGGUCUCUAUUCCUCUGGUGAGGGUGAAAGCACAACCUUUGGUAGAGCCAAAGGAUCCCAAACCCUCAAAGCGCUCCUCCAUGUCUGCAACUGACUGGGCAGAAUCACUAAAAUGUCACAACUCUCCUUACCAGUCAGCCUUAUCCGGUUUACAAGGCGCCACUCCAGCUGACAAGUUUGAUGAGAAUGCCGCUGAAUUCACUUCCCGUCUGAUUAGACCAUCCAAUCGAGAGCCGCUAGUUUCCCUGCUUAAUACUGCUUGCGUUGAGGCAUGGGAAGUCAAAUCUGUCACAGUAUCGAAGCUCUCAAAGCCUCAUUUGAGUCAAACCAAACCCACCAAGCCCUUGAUAGACAUGGUGAGCCGUCUUUCACCUUCCUGUGAUGGCCAAAGAGAGGUUUUCCCAUCACACUCAGUUUGUUUUAGGGAUUCCUCCCACCGUACGGCUUCAGACGACUCCCUUCCUGUCUCGUAUGACCAUUCCCAGAAGAGCUUUGGCUCACCGAAGACCAAGACUAGACAGUCCAAAAUCACCCCUUUUUUUCCCCAAAUCACUUCUGUCCGAGGACUUGAUAGCAGCCAGACGGAGACUCCAAAGACAGCAAUGGUUGAAAAGGUGUCGGCUAUUGAUCAGACACCGAGGACGGUAGAGAGAGAUGUGCUUAAAGAGAUCUUUCCCAAUGAAAACCUCAGCACCCCUACUGGAAUCAGUGCCACCUGUCGCCGACCAAUCAGAGGAGCUGCUGGCCGGCCUGUGGUCGGUGACACAUGGCUGGACGAAUCCCGUCUCCGUCUUAAGGAGCUCAGAGAAACCAGCUCCUCCUCCACCUACACAGAGACCCGAUCUGUCCCACGUGUGACCGCCGUCCCUCUAACCGCUUCCAAGCCCGCGGCGCCCCCUGCUGUGAAGACCAGAGCACGGCGCAGCCUGCCAGUGUGGGUGCAGCUUCUGCUGCUCAGUGCAGUCGCUGGAUUCCUGUUCUUUGUCUACCAGGCCAUGGAGACUAAUGAGGUUGGACUCUUCAAGCAGAGCGGAGCAGAUGAUAGCACCAGCAAAUGAAUGUUAUGCGGAUCGCCCCAGUCUUUUCCCUCUUUAUCGUACCCAGCAAUACGUCUCUGUUGAUCCAGCAGCCGUGGACUUUUAUCUGCGAUCUUUAUAGAUUCAUACAAAGACAGAAACCCUCACAUUUCUGUUCAUACCCUCUUCCAAAUGAACAGGUUUAGAGGAAUGAAGCCUGGCUUUAAUUUUAAAACAGUCACUUUCCUUGCCUUUGUAUGUUGAUUUGUAUGGGUGUGUGUGUGUGUGGGUGGGUGUGUGUGUGUGUGUGUGUGUGUGUUUCAUUUGUACAUUAGUUUACAGAUAAAUGUUGGUGCUGUCCAUGAAUGUGAGUCUAACCGAGUUGAAGUGCUGAAGGAGUCUGCUAAAUACACUUGUUUUGUUUGUAAACUACAUUUAGUGUCUACUUGUGACAAUAUUUUUGCAUUUAUUUUCACAUGUAGCUCUUUAUAGGUGCCGUAUCUUAACAUUGAAGGCCCUUGUAGUAUUUGUGUAUGUUGUUGAAAUACAAAUAUUUUCAAUAAACUUUUGCAAUGUAAGGCCAUUUAAUAUUUUUAUUAUAAUUUUAAUCAUUUUCAGGAUCUUGGAGUUACAAGCAGUUUUGUGAAAUGUCGACAAUUAAUUUAAACAACCUAAACACUAAUUUAGAGUUUGCAACAAAACUCGACUGCCUAGUUCUCAAAUUUGAAAAAUAUGCUCUAUGAAUGAUCACUAUUAAAUUAAAGUGAGUUUAAAAAUUUGGGUUAAUAAACAUUGUAAGAUCCUGAUACUUGAUAUGUUGCUUUCGUAGAACUGGACAAUGAGUAAAAUGGCCACCAUUAUGCCCUUUACUCUGCUUUUAAGACAUGCGUUAACGAUUCAAUAUUCUGAAAAUGUUUUUAUCUUACAUUAUAAGGUGCUGUAGAUUUGUGAGAGAAAGCUGGGAGCGUUCAGGUACUUUUUAUGUAUAUGACAGAAUAUGGUUUAAUAAAGCAGUUUACCUCAUAUCA